AGGUUGUCGCCAAGUUGAGUGAGGGGAUCAUGUUAAAAGUCCUCAUCCUGAGCAAUGUCGUGGGAUAUCUUCUGCUAAGCUGGAAAACGGGUCUUUGAUAAAGCUGGAUGUUGAACGAAGCUGAAUCUACUCGUCUUAGAUCAAUCUCUCACCAACUUUGCCACACUGUACACCAUUUUCGCUCUUUCCGGCUUCACACAUGCAACUUUCGAGGUCUGUCUCAGAUUGUUGAGCUUAUACCAUUACAUUGUAAGCAUUUGAAGCAUUGCUAUAGGAGAAUUUAGUUCGGGACGCAGCACACGGAAAUUAGCAGACCUUGGUAGGGAGAGAGUUUGGGUUUUCUUUCGGUAAAAUUCAACCACGCUCUCGACCAGUCGUACUGGAAGUCGUACACGAAGCUUUCUGCGCUUGUGCAGUCUCAUCAAGUAAGUUCAAUCACGAACAAAUUAUCGCCAUGGUAGCAAAAUCCGGAGUAAUGCUGCUGGGACACGACCUGUCAACAGUGCUGCAAUGUGAGAAAAAAGGCCUGAAAUACUAUGAUUUCAACUCAAAUUACAGCAAACCCCCCGAACAGAUUGUGGCCGAUCAUGGCGCUAACUUCAUCCGCCUCCGGCUUUGGGUGAACCCUCCCGCUGGCUUCAGCGACUUGUCAAGCGUGUUUGAAAUGGCGAAACGAGCCAAGAAGGCGAACUUGAACAUUUUGCUAUGCCUCCACCUCUCGGACUACUGGGCCGACCCAGGCAAGCAGUAUACCCCAGCGGUGUGGGCAGACCAAGACUUCGACACGCUUCGCAAGACCGUGGCAGACUACGUUGCCUCCACGGUUGGAGCUCUGCAAAGCCAAGGAACGCCACCAUCUAUGGUCGCAGUCGGCAACGAAAUCUCCAACGGGAUGUUAUGGCCCACGGGCUCCCUGUCCUACACAUCGCAGUUCACGGCACUUCUCAAGAGCGGACUCGCAGCGGUAGACAACGACAUCGCAACCAUGGUGCAUAUCAACAACGGCCAGGAUGAGGGCCUAGUCACCUGGUUCAUGGACCUGAUGGUCGCUGACGACGUCUCCUUCGACUUCCUCGGCCUAUCGUUCUACCCGGGAGAUGGGGCCCUGCUCUCAGAUCUAGAAACUUCUUUAGCUAAAGCUGCAUCAAGAUACAACAAGCCCAUGAUCAUCGCCGAAGUCGCCGAUUACUGGAUCCCCGCUCCCAACAACCCCGGCACACAGGAAUCCUCCUUGGAUGCGUUGCUGCAGGUCGUAACGGCGCUACCGAGAGGAUUAGGAGCUGGGGUCUGCUACUGGGAAUCAGCCUGGCGAUCUCCAGCGGAAGCCUACCCGGGGGAAGGCAACUCUUACUGGACUCGCGCGCUAUGGAACGAUCUAGGGAACCCUCUACCAGCUUUGAGGUGCUUCGAGCAUUACUCGCAGGCACGUGUAGCGUCGGCGGAGCUCACGAUGCAGCCUGAUCAUGGUCCAUCGGAGUUGGAGCCGACGAUUGCACAAGCGCAAAGCACCGGUGCACAAUUGUCGAACGAGACAAAGGAUUUGUGACAUCGAGUUGCAGUGUUUCGGCAACGAACUGGCAUGAACUUGGAUCGAUUACAUCAAUCCAUUCCACGCAAUGCAGGCGUUUUGCUGUUGUCGGUGACGGAUUCGGCAGUUUUUCUUAAUGUGUGGCGUUGGCGCAACUCGCGUUUUCUACUACUUUUUUUCGGAAGAAUGUUGUGGUUUGUCAUGUGUGUUUAAGCAUAAUGGUAAACAAGCUUGAAUUUGUGUUUUUUUAAGUUGGCUUCAUGAAUUUGUGUUGAAGAUCCUGACAUUAGACGAUUGCACAAAUUCGAAGGUAAAAUUGAGGUCUAUUAUUUGAAUUGUUAUUAUGAGGUUGAAAUUUAAAAUGUGGAGAAAAGAUUCAAGGACAAAUGUUUUAGAAUUAUUAUUUGAUUUAUUUAUGUAUGAUUAUAAGUAAAACCACCAAUUAAAGAAUAUUUGAGGAAAAAACAUCUCCUAAACUUUAAUAAAUGUAUGUAUAGUGUUUUUUUAUUUAUAAUUAAAUAUAUAAUUUUAUUUUAUGUUUCUUAAAAAAAGUAAAAAGUCUCCAUUUAUUUUUGGAUAGACUAGAAAAAAUUAUUUGAAACAUGUGAAUAUAAAUCAAAAUCAAUUAUAUGGAAGUCGAUAUCAAAGAUUAGAAAUGUAAACCCCAUUGAAGAGUAUGUUUGUCAAUUUUACAAAAAAUUCAUUAAAUCUAAAUUUAUUGAAGAGUAUGUUUAUCAAUUUUACAAAAAUAUCAUUAAAUCUAAAUUUUAAAGAGUAGCAAAUGCAAAUUGUCAUGAUACUUUGUCAUAUGCUUUGAAAAAUUCCAUUCUUAGAAAAAUAAGAUAUUGAUUGCAUUCUUUAGUCUAGGGAAUAGAGUUUUGAGCCACUAAGAGAUUAUCAAAAUGAUUCUUAUUCACAAAAAGGCACUUUGAUUAGCACAAUUUUUUUCUAUUAAGACUUCUUUUACUCUUUUACAAAACUUCUUUGUAUAUAUUUUGUAAGUUGUGUUUAAUAGGGUUAUUGGCCACUACUUACUUAAUUGACCUUGUGACCCUCUUUAUAAAGUAGAAUGAUUUUUCUUUUAACAAUAGACUAUAAUUUAGUCUUUGGAGAAUUGGUUGUUACUAAAAAAAAAUUCUAUUUUAACCUUACUCUUAUCAUUUUUCCUUCUUGUUAUUAUUCAGUAAAUUUAACUCAAUUUAUCUUGAUUCUCUCUCAAAAUUUGUGAGCUUUUGAGGUUGGGGUAAUCGUGCAGAUGAUAGCUAAUUAUCAGGGCGUAAUUAUCGAGGAGAUUCUCUACGAUGAGAAGACGAACGUUGCAGGGCUCUGGAGUCAAGUGCUGAUAUAGCCAUGGCCUCUCUACUGGCACGGAACCACUCUCCUCUCUAUAUACACGGUUGUCGAACUUGAUGAUGUCGAAGUCGUAAGCAUUCGGGAUCUGGCGCCGGCAAACUACCUUUCGUGGAAUUGAUAUCUCCAUUUUUGUUGUUGAUCAAGCUAGUAUAAUUCCCGAUUGGUUUCAAAAACCUUCAGCACGUUUAUGUGAGCAUGCUUCGUCUGUCAAUUCAACCCACUCUACUUGUGCUUGCAGUUGAGUUAUUUUGGCAGGACAAAGGAAAGCAGGUCGUCAAGAUGAUCAAAACGCAACGAGACUACUUCAAGUUCUCACCAAUUAUCCGGGUGAUCCCUUUCGUUGGUAAAAUCUACGCUAAUCAAGAACUGCGAUUCGUGCUCGGGCGGAUCCAAUCGAGCAUUGCGAUAGCGGGAUUCAAGUUUGUGAAAUACCUCCUUCCGACUGAGCUAGGUCAGUUCAUCUUAGGAUAAAAUCAUACAGGAUGUCCAGGAGUGGCCGCACUGUUGUGCACAUCGACCUUUGUUCAACAUGUUCACUUAUUUUAAUGAUUCCAAAGGACGAAUUCAAAUGAUACCCUCCAGCAUCACCUUAA